AUGCCAAGUCAAUUAGUCCCUAACGAAAAACUAGAUGAGGAUGCCGCAGAAUUAGAUGCACUUCAAAAACAGCUGAAUAGAAUGAAUGGACUUUCCGAUAAAUUGGGUAAUAUAUUAGAUUCGUUUGAUGGUCGAUUAUUAAAACUUGAGGCAUCUGUUUUACCCAUUCACAAGUCAACGCAAAAUCUAACAAAGCUUGCCAAUAAUAUUGAUGCAACUUUGAAAGCAGCUGAAAAUAUUGUAGACUGUUUAAACAUGCCGAGUAAAGAAGAAGCAUUUAUUUUGAAAGGGCCUGAUGAAACAAAUGUAUUGCCUUAUUUAAAGGCUAUGGGAAGGUUAAAAGAUGGUGUAGAUGCAAUUGAAAAGAGUCAAUUAAGAUCCUGCGAUAAAACUAUUUAUCAAAUGAAACAAUUAUUGAAAGCAGGUAUGCUUCAUUUAGAGACAUUGUUUAGGAAAUGGCUGUCAGCAGUAAGUAAUCCAGUAGAUAUUAAUACGAUGCUUAAUUCUAAUAGUGAGUUAAUGACAACAGCAUCUAUGAAGCAACUCUCUCAAUUAUCAACUUAUAUUGCAACAUCUGAAAAAGAAAUUGGAUACGCUGCUGAUUUUACAAAACCUUAUAUUGAAAUUCGAUCUGCUUUUUUACAAAAGUCUUUACAUCCUUUAUCACAAUCUGUACAGCUUUCUGAGAAACAUCAAGGAAGUUCAUAUGAAAGAGGAUCAAGUGAAUUUUUGAAAUAUACUGAAUGUUAUACUAAAAUGCUAGAAUUUGAAUAUAAAUUUGCUCAACAAAUUAUGGUAAAUGAACAACGUAAAGCAGCUGCCUUGAAAGGGUCCAUCAUGGCGGCUACUACAGAAUACAUUGCAGCUGGUAAACAAUUGAAUGCGAUUGCUAAAAGAUUAAAUUAUACAGAGACAACAUUUGUAUUUGAUAUUAUUGAAAAGUAUGAUAAAGAGUGUGUAGGUUAUGUCAAUGAGUUAUCCUACGCUAUAUCAUUAAAGGAAAUACAAGAUUUAAUGAAUGCAUUUAAAUUGACCGUUCUACGUAAUUUUUAUGAAUUUAUGGAAGAUAUUCGAGGAAGAAAGGAUGUGAAUGCGCAAAUGAAUAUAAGUAGUGACGGCACAGUACAUGAAAUGACCAGUAAUACACUAAACUAUUUUAAACGUCUAUACCUUUGGAGAGAUACAGUUGAACCCCUUUUAAUUCUUAUUGGUGAUGGUGGCUGGAAUAAUAUGCCUUCUUUACAAGUUCUAAAUGAUACAUCUCGUAUUGCUCCUCGAGGAGAAACUGCAAUGGGAGCAGCUCUAUUACAGAAAUUCUUUGUCGAUGCUCUGGAUCAAAUGACGGUGACUCUUCAAUAUAAAUCACGAGGAUAUAAAAAACCAACAUUGGCUACUAUUUUCUUACUUAAUAAUUAUAAUCACAUAUUAAGACAGAUUCGUUCACCUCCAUUAAAUGCUAUUUUUGAUGAUGGCUCAGAGAUGAAAUUUAGUAAAUUAGUGAAAAAGCAACUAGACGCAUAUCAAGAGUCAUGGAAACCAUGUGUAGAAAACUUGAUGGACGUGACAUAUGUUAGAGGAGGAACGAUUAGUAAAUCGAUGGGAAGUCAAGAAAGACAGCUUAUUAAAGAGCGUUUUAGAAACUUUAAUACAGAGUUUGAAGAGAUUGCAAGAGCACAACAAACCUAUGCUAUCCCUGAUACAGAACUAAGAAAUCAAGUUAUCCGAGAUGUUAAAAAUGUUCUAGUGCCCAUGUAUGGUCGUUUCCUAGAUAAAUAUCAACAUACAGAUUUUACAAAAAACCCUGCAAAAUAUAUUCGAUACGAUAAAGAAAAAGUAGAUGAUAUGAUCAGUCAUUUAUUUGAACCGACAGCUUAUUAA